UACAGUCGCGGGGCAGUAUAACCGGACUGAUCUCCGGUGCCCAGUGCUCAUUUAACCCGAAUCAACGCAUCGCUUACAGUCUGUCGGUCGGAACGUGUCCAGACAUGAGAUUUUAACCCACGGAGAACGGUGUUUAGAUAAAGCUUCAUUGUUUUGUGCUCGCUUUACGCUGGAAUCAUGGCCUGCGCGCCGAACCGGGUCCGUCUGCUGUGCAUGCUGUCGCUCACCUUCGGGUUCUUUAUCGUGGAGGUCGUGGUGAGCCGGCUCACGUCGUCGCUAGCGAUGCUGUCGGACUCUUUUCAUAUGUUAUCGGACGUGAUCGCGCUGGUCGUGGCUCUGGUGGCGGUACGCUUCGCCGAGCAGACCCAAUCCACCAACAAGAACACGUUCGGCUGGAUCCGGGCCGAGGUGAUGGGCGCGCUGGUCAACGCCGUGUUCCUCACCGCGCUCUGCUUCACCAUCAUCCUGGAGGCCAUCGAGCGCUUCACGGAGCCGCAUGAGAUUGAGAAGCCCUGGGUGGUGAUCGGGGUGGGCGCCGCGGGGCUGGUAGUCAACCUGUUCGGGCUCUGUCUCUUCCACGGGCACGCUGGAGGCGGUGGACACGGCCAUUCCCACGGAGGACACGGCCAUAGCCACGGGGGACACAAAAAACACAAGAAGACGCUGGAGGACAGCAGGUCCGCUGGGGAAGAGACCAACAACCUGGUCGGGAAUCACAAUAGCAGCCCGAACGGCGUUAAUCCGGACCGGAGGAGAGCUGAGGUGUGUCUUAGCAACAGCCUUGAUUUGCAGAUUAACGGGAACGCUCCGUACGAAGAACUUGAACAAGGACACGACUCGGCCUCCCAGCUCAACAUGCGGGGUGUUUUCCUUCACGUCAUGGGUGAUGCUCUUGGCUCUGUGAUCGUGGUGGUCAACGCCCUCAUUUUCACCUUCGUAUGGAAGCCAUGCGCACCUGGCAUGGUCUGCGAGAACCCUUGUGCUGGUAACCAUUGCUCAGACCACUCGUUCAGCUACACCCUUCAGGAUGCCGUUGAGAAUAUCAGCAGUGCAGGAACUAACCACACGAUGUCCAAAGUAGGGCCGUGCUGGGUGCUUUAUCUCGACCCCACGCUUUGUAUCAUCAUGGUCUGUAUCCUCCUCUACACCACUUACCCACUGCUGAAAGAGUCUGCGCUGAUCCUGCUGCAAACCGUGCCCAAGCAGAUCGACAUGCAUCAGCUCAACGCCCGGCUGCAGGACCUGGAGGGUGUGUUGGCGGUGCAUGAGCUGCACAUCUGGCAGCUGGCGGGCAGUCGCAUUAUUGCCACAGCACACAUCAAAUGCCACGACCCCACCUCCUAUAUGGACGUUGCUAAGCGCAUCAAGGACUUUUUCCAUGACGAGGGCAUCCAUGCCACGACCAUUCAACCGGAAUUUGUCACAAUGAACUCGGAGUCUCGAGCAUCGCUUUGCGAGCUGUCCUGCCGAACACAGUGUGCACCAAAGCUCUGCUGCGGCGCCGCUGAUACCGUAAAGCAACCCGAUGGUGCUCCGGACCAAAAGAAACCAAAUGAGGCCAAAAUCCCAAUAGUCCCAGGAGCAGCUUCUGCUCUGGAGGUCAUCAACGAGUCUGUGGAGACCACAAGCAGGCCUGUGAUCAUCACCAGGGAAGUGGAGUCAUCGCUGUGAAAUAGCAGUUUAGAUGGAAAAUAAUCUAUUUGGUUAAGGGUGCCGGUGUGUUUUGGAUCGGCUGACUGAUUCCUACAAUGCUGUGAGAAAGGUCCAAACACACAUUCAUCAUAACACACACACGUACACACACUGUCCUGUCUCCACGACACCAACAUAAAGACAAUAUGAAAAGACUGGAGAGCCAGGCCUUCUGCAUGUGUGUUUACCGCAUCGUCUAAUUGGUGUUUGUGCCAAAGCUUCUCUUCAUACAAGAUGUCAGACAUUCUUUCCUGUGUAUGUAAUGCAAUGACAUGCAAUUUUAAAGUUUGGCUGCUGGACCAUUUUUUCUACCCAUAUGUUCCGUUUUAUCUUUCACACUUUAUUUUAUUUGUUUUCUCAGUCAUAUUCAACCUCUAAAUUUGAGAGAUGUAAUAAUUUAUGUAUUUAAGUUAUUGGUAAUUAUUUGUAUUCUUUUUUUCAAAGAGCUGUUUGUAAGAUUUAGAUUUGGUGAUAUGAUAUUAAAGGUAAAGAAAAUGUGAUUUCUUUUUGCCUCUCUCCACACAAAUGAUCUAUGCUUUAACCCAGAGUAUUUUUAGAUAUGAUGUUUUUAAAUAUUGCUGUUAAAUCUUAAACUCUUUUUAGAUGAUCUCUUUUAUUAGACCUCAGAAGAUGUGUCAACAGUUCUUAAAGCCUAUAAUUCAAACUGCUGUUAUAACACUGAAUCUAAUCAGUGUAGGGACUAGACAACCCUCUCUUGUUGGUUUUCUUACAAACUGAUGCCUUGUUCAUUCUGUUGUUUUGUCAAUCAAUACCAGAGGUAAAAAUGCUGAAAAAUGUGUAUAUGUUGUCAAACUGCAAGAGGGUGUCAGGAGAUUUUUCCACACUGUUUAAAAUGAAUGGAAUUUCUUAGACUUGUGGCAAACAUUCAUAUGGCAACUGUGCAUGACCAAAUAUAAUUGUUUGUAAUGAAAGCUUUGAGGGAGAAACCAAGCGAAUGUUGUAAACCAUAAGACAAAGGAGAUGUUUACUGAAGUACACAGGGAAUGGGCACGCAGGCUUGGGUUGAUCGUGAUUUUAGGUAUUGCACAAUCUCCUCAGUGGCCUUCAUUGGAAAACAGAAUAUCAGCUCCUCACAACACAAUUUAUAUCUGCAAACUCUAGCAUUUGUUAAUAUGUGGGUAAAAAUAUGCAAUUUAUGAAAAACACGAAAAUGCAUAUUAUUAGUUGUUUAGUGACUUUCUUAGAAAUCUGUAAACAUGAGCUCACAGUAUAUAUGUGCAGACAAGAGUGUUUGUAUCACUGAGGAUUUGAAGUGUCCCAUGCCAGCUAAAGUGUUUUUUAUAUAUUCCUGUCAACUGUGUUGUUGUGAAUUAAACAUGCUUGUUUGGUACUGUUCAAUCCA